ACUGGCUGUCCUAGUAGCCAGUCAGUAUCUCCAGUUAAGACUCCUUCUGAUGCUGGAAACAGUCCAAUCAGUUUUUGCACUGGUAGCGAUGGAGACUUCUCCAGGAAGAAAUUCAGUCCAGGGGCAAUGAGUGAAGGGAACACGCAGCUGGCUCGAUAUAAGAAGGAGACAAAGGCAAGCCUUGUAAAGCCUGGGAGUGAAGCUGAUUUUAGCUCUUCAAGCAGCACAGGCAGUAUUUCAGCUCCUGAAGUCCAUAUGUCUGCUGCUGGAAGCAAAAGAUCUUCUUUUUCUCGCAAUCGUGGCCCUUAUGGUCGGAAUAAUGGAUCCUUAUCCUACAAGUCUGGAGCCAGCCCACCUGCCUCCCGUGAAAAGGACCCUUUGUCAACACUGUGCAAAAACCAGCUGAAUCCCGCUAACAUCCACCAAAGUUACCGGGCUUCUUCAGCCAGCAGCAGCAACUCAGGCUCAUACAAAGGAAGCGACAGCAGCCCAGUGAUGAGGCGAUCAGGGAGAUACAAUUCUUGUGGUGACAAUCACAGCAUUAAGCCCCCAAACCCAGAGCAGUAUUUGACUCCUCUGCAGCAGAAGGAAGUUACAGUACGGCAUCUGAAAACAAAGCUGAAGGAAUCUGAGAGCAAACUUAAAGAAAGGGAAACAGAAAUAGAAGAGCUCAAAGCUCAGCUGGGACGGAUGAGGGAAGACUGGAUUGAAGAAGAGUGUAAUCGUGUGGAGGCAGAGCUGGCCUUGAAGGAAGCAAGAAGCAAAAUUAAACAACUCAAGCAGGUUAUUGAAACCAUGAAAAACAGCUUGGCUGAGAAAGACAAAAAAAUUCAGAAAUACUUCAUAGACAUAAACGUUCAAAACAAGAAACUGGAAUCUUUGCUGCAGAGCAUGGAGAUGGCUCAGAACAGCUCUGUGAUGGAUGAGCAGUGCCUGGAGGACACGUAUGACUUGGAGGGGACGUCAUUAGCAUUGUGUGCCAUGAUGCCAGACAGCCUCAUCACAGAGGACCAGGCUCUGGAGGGGGUCACAGAUAGUGGGCUGCUGCCUAAUGAGGACACAGCUAACGGGACUGAUUCGUCUGAAGGGAGUUUGACCACCACAACCUCUGAGCUGAGUGCUCCAGCUCCUUCCAGUUCUGCUGUGAAUAAAGAGAUGCUUGAAAAUGUUCUGGAUGAAAAACUAACUUCUUCCCAGGAGGAGAAGAAAAGCAGAAACAUAAUGGUGGAACAGGCCAUCCAGACUGAUGUGGUGCCAUGUAGCCUAGAUGUGGAGCAGCUCAUUCAAAGCAUCUUCAGAGCUCAAGAUGCCUGUCCUCUAAGCCCACCUUCUUCACUGAAGGAAUUGGGUGAAUUUUCUCUUGGAAGCUUCAGUGAUUCUGGUAUCAUAAUGGACUUAACUCCAAGUGAUCCAAACUCUGCCAUCCUUUUGUCUCCUGUGGAGUCUCCAUGCAGGAAGGUGGAACAAGGAGUUAAUGAAAACCGUUUCAUGAAAGAACUUGAUUUUACAGAACCUUAUGAUGAUGAAGCCCUUGGGUAUGUCAGUACUUUCUCCCAGACAGGAAUAAAGAGAUACUGGAGCAGCAGUUUCCUCAGAGAUGUUCUGGCUGUGGCAGCCCCUGUUGUACCAACUAUCAUGUGGGCUUUCAGUACUCAGAGAGGAGGAACAGAUCCCAUUUACAAUAUUGGAGCAUUGCUUCGUGGUUGCUGCCUGGUGGCCCUGCACUCUUUACGCCGUACACCCUUCAAUAUCAAAACCUAA